AUGGAUCAAGCAGCCGGGAAGGCCAUUUUAACAUCAGAAAAUUUCCAUAAUGCGCACGAAGCAUCACGAGCCACCUCACCGGGUGGUGGGCCUACAGGGAUGAACGGGAAUGGCGAGCCCAAGGCACGAGUCCGUCCUCGCACCUAUCCUUAUUUCAAAUAUCUACCAUAUUCGCUCGAAGAUGAACCCGAGAGGGAACAGAGCUUACGGGAGAUCCUCACUCAGCUCUAUGUUGCUGUGGAGGCGGGUGAUUUCAGUCCCGGUGCCGUGCACUGGACUCGGGAGCUUAGAGGAUGGUUGUCGCUCAAGUUUGAUCCGUCCCGUACGGACCGCAUAAACCUCGUGAGGCUCUAUUAUGAGCUUUCUCUCGCACCGGGGAUCGAUCCCAAUGUUUCGGAGCGAUUUGCUAGCAUGUUUAUGCUCCUUACCAAACGCAAGCAUUAUUUGAGGCCCGUCAAAGACCUGAUUCUGGAUUGGAAACCUCUUUACAGGGAGCUAAAAGCUUUUGUGUUACCUACAGAGUCGGGAUUGGUGCAUUCUACGAAUCUAAAGAGGAAUGUAAAGACCCUGACGAAGCUCUGUGCGUUCGUCCAGCUGUACAUUGACCCGUGUGAGCUGCCAGCGAUGCUGGAAGAGUUUCUACCUCAUUAUACCACGUCCUUUUCGGAGGGUGCGUUUGUCGUAGUUGGGUUGAUAAACUUACUACUCCCGACGUCACCUCCGCCCGAGACCAGGGAAGACCUACUGCCACAUCAUUACUUACCAACCUACUUCCAUCUCUGGGCAUUAGUCAAUCGGUCAAAAACAUUUGAUACCACCUUCCUUGACUACCUUUCGAGGCUGGCUCGUGAUUCAUUGCCUGCUCAGCAUAUACCGUUCUCCGAGUUUGGUCUUUUCACGAAGGAACAGUCGUCCCUCAUCUUCACGGCUAUCCUAAGAUUAUUGGAGAUUCCCGUAGGACAAUCCACUUCUCCUUACAGUGCGCUGGUGGAUAUCUCGUCUGGACUAGGCAUCAUGCUUGACCGAGAUACCAGGAAGCAUCCAGUGGCGCAUCACAUUGCUCGCUGGGUCGUGAUGUCGCUCUCUCCCGCAUGCCUCGACGCCGAAGAAUCUAUUCUGACACAACUAGAGGGCCUUAUACAGGCAGUGGAAACUUUCUUCCAUCCAUCUAACUCUGGCAGUUGGACAAAAACGUUGUCACAGCUCGUCUACUACCUCGCCGACUUUUUCAUCAUGCGAUGGAAUCGAGAGCAAAGCGGCGAGAUGGAAGUCCCGGCGGAGCGAAGAUUGACGGAACCUCUGAAGCGUCGCUUUGUACUCUGUCUCCGUGAUGUCAUAUUCAUGGGUAUCUAUGCUAAAAGUGGUACGGCAAUGAGCUUCUCAUUGUCUACGCUACAAAGUUUGGCCUUCCUGGAGCCACAUCUCAUCCUUCCCGGUGCUUUGCAGCGUAUAUAUCCAUCCCUGCAAGGCUUAGUAGAAGUUCACCGCACAACGUCAUCGCUCCGCGCCCUUCAAGUUCUUUCACGAAUCAUUUCGAGGACGAAGGGCUAUCGUUGCCACAUGACAACUCUAUUGGGACUUGCGCUGCCCGGUGUCGAUGCCAAUGACCUUGAGAAAUCUCUGCAUGCUUUGUCAUUCAUCCAAUCUGCUUGCUAUAACAUACCCUUGGCCGACCUAACGCAAGGGAGGGAGGACGUAAACUGUAACAUGCUGGCGAUGCAAUGGAUCUCGGGUGAAAUGGAGCGUAUGGAGACAGAGGGCGUUGAGGUGCAACUCAACUAUGAUCGGGAUCUGGAUGACGAAACCGAAGAAAUGAUACUCCGUUCUUCAACCUGCGGCUUUGGUGACUUCAUCAUAUCGUUUCUCGGGCGAGUCUUCACUCUACUGGAGAAUCUACCAGACGUGAGCAGGGUACGCAAUGGCUCUCCCGAAGAGAACAUUGUGAAUACGCUGCCUGCCACAUUCAUGCCGCUUCUGUCGUCCCUUUCCCCAGAGUAUUACGAUAUUGCCUUGUCAAAGGUUGUAGACUUCGUGUCCAAUCACGUUAUUCAUCAAGCGCGUGAUGCGAUGGCCUUUAUCUGUAACUCGGUUUGCAAGGUCAACCCAGAAAAAGCUUUGAAGCGGUUUAUUCCGGUGCUGAUCCAGGCUAUCCGUACCGAGAUCGACGACAAUGGUGCAGGCUCAACCAGGACCACUGGAACGGAUGUCCUUCCCCGAGACCGCGGUUUGGUUUGGAAUGUCAGUAUGCUGAGCAUGUGCGUUGUUCAUGUCGGCGAUGCUGUGCUAGCACACAGGAAAGAGCUCUUCGACAUUGCGUUGUAUAUGCAACAGAAAUGUAGGGGCAUACCGACUGUUCAUAUCUCAAACUUUGUGCAUCACCUGCUCUUAAACCUCACGGGCACUUACACUGCGGACUACUCCUUGUAUGAGCCCGACGUCGCUGCUCGGGGUGUACAACCUGAGCUUUGGAGCUAUCAGCCAGAUCCCAAUAAUUUGACCGUAAAAUGGCAUGUGCCAAAACGUGAAGAACUCGAGUUUGCCGUCGAGUUAUUCAAGAGCCAGGCUGAGUCUGCCCUCAAGCAACUGACCGAUCUCACCCAUGAGACAUCCAGUGUCAAAAGAGAUGGGAGUGGUAAAGCGUGGUCGGAUGAGGUUUCUAGGAACUUGGUUCUACUACGACUUAUCAUUUCUGGUAUUUCUGUGCUAUUUGAUCCAAAGGCCGCGUCGCAGACGAAAACGAAUGGAGUAAAUGGAUCAUCCAAAUCAUCAACCGAUAUUGAUAUGGUAGAUGGUGAAGAUAGGAGCUCCCAGGCGGAAGACCCUGAUUCAUUACUUGACAGUUCGGAUGAAGCCACAGUUAGAGAAUCAUUUUCGUACCCUACCGGCUAUCCACUAAAAGAAACCGAUGCGAUGUACACUACCAUCCAUGACAUACGGGAGAGAGCAGGCUGGGUUCUUCAUGAAGUGCAUAGGUUUUUGUCGGACAAGCAAGAGGAUGAUGUGCCUUGCUUCAGCGCUCUGUACUCAGCUUAUCGGUCAUGGUUUGUGGACGUCGGCAUUGAAAGGUCUGCUCAUGUCCUUGACAGGGUAACGCGUCUCCUCGCUGCAGACAUUCAUCCCUACAAAAUGAGUGGCAUCCGCAAAGACUACCCUCGUCCGUUAUUGGUUCGCAGAGCCAAUGUCUACCACUUACAGCGCCUGAGGCACAAUGCAGCACCUCGACGGCGGUCUCAGCUAGACGAGAUCCUGCUCCUGGAUAUCGCAGAAUCUUGCGUCUCCCUCUACACUGAGACUCGGCGCAAUGCUCAAAGUGCAGGGGAGUCUGCUCUCAAAGCUGUGUGGGGGGCUCGCCUUCUUGUUAUCCCGCCUCUAAUUCAGGCUCUGCAGAAAGGCAUCAAAGAAAACGACCACGCCCGAAUCAAAGGUGCAUUGUUUUCUUUACUUCUGAGCAGCGUCGCGAAGACCGUAGGCCGCCAUUGGAAGUAUGCCCCCACCUUGGUAAGAACUUUCAUCGACGCAAGUGCAGUCGACAAACCUUCCGUACAAAAGAUCUGCUCGGGCGUGGUUUAUCAGAUCAUGGACUAUGGCCGCGCUAUGGAAAGGAUGGCCAUUCUUGACCGGAACAUCGUUGAGGCGAUCGCUCCGAAGAAGGAUGUUCAGGACGAGAUCCAGCAUAAGCGCAAGAAUAUCAACAGCAAGCGAGCCAUCAUUGAAAAGAAGAAAGCUGACCUGGCUGAAGAACUGGUAAAUCUGGCCAGAGUAUCGCAUUGGAAAGUCGCCAGCCGAGCAGCCACCAUCGUAAUCACCAUGGGUCUUAGAUUUGAUUACGUUGCAAGUGAGAAUCUAAUAGACCUUGUAACCCAAGGGUCUAUCGAUGACCAUCCGGGAUUGCGUGGCAUGUAUUCCCAAGCUCUCAUCGCCUUAUUCACCAUGGUUGAUGUUAGGGCUAUUUGCAACCAUGACUACAAGAAUUACAUCCUGGGCCAUCAACACUUCCCUUCUAAGAUUAAUGUGGCUACCAAGCGACACAACAAGGGUUGGACGGAGGAGUAUCUAUCGAGCUUUGCCAAACCAGAGGCUGAGUACUAUGUUGAUCAUGACUUCCCUGGAUGGCUUGUGUGGGCCGAGAGCAUGCCUGCGUACAAGUCAAACGUUGAGCGCGACAUCGAGUAUGACGAAACCGAGUGGAAAGUGCGGACUCACAUGGGAAAAUUGUUUGAUCGAGCAUGGUUCAACAAGUUUUUCAUGUACUUGAAACAAGAGCCACGGGACCCUACUGCUGACAAGUUCCGCAUGCCCUGCGCAAUGAUGCUUCUGUAUGCCUUCGAGUUAAUGCUCCGGGAUGGGCUGACCGCUGCGACAUUCAAGGACAUCCAAGAAGAAAUCGAGGCUGUUUUCGAAGACGGUAGUGAUAAGCACCAACACAGAGCUACUGCGGAGAUCCUGGGUGCUCUUAUAAGUUCUGUUGCCGAUACAAGUGUGGAGAAACGGACAUUGGUGUGGGAAUACGCCUUCCCGAUUGUGCGUAAGAUCUUUACUGAUGGACUCACUCCGGAAAACUCUGGCUACUGGACGACUUUCCUUCAUAUGAUCCUUCAAUGUCGUGACCCACGAAGAGCGUGGCCCUUGGUUGAUUGGCUUGCAAGCUUCCGACUAGAUAUGUCGACGAACGCUGCUUUCAAGGAAAGCUCCAAGAUCAAUCUGCUCCAUCAAACUAUCAUAGAUGCAGGGUGGCAUUUCCAACUCGAAAAGCCUAUCGUUCAAGACUUCCUGUCACACCUUGAUCAUCCAUACAAGGGCGUCCGCGAGGCGAUGGGCCAGACAAUUGCGACGAUCUAUCGCACACGAUAUCAUGAAUCAUACGCCGAUGUUAAGACUCUCCUUGCAGCGCAGGAAGCAGCGUCAUCGGUGGGUACAUAUCCAUAUCAGCCUACCGAAGAAUUCACCAAGAUGAUACAUGAUAUCUUCGGUGACAUUGAGAAGUGGCGGCAUGAGAGGAUCCCAGGUCAGCAGACGCCAUCAUCUUAUACUUCAGGGUGCAAAACAGUGCUUCUGUGGCUGGACUCCACUCUUUCGUCGUAUGAGUGCACGCAGUUGGUUCCCUUCUUCCCAGACGUGUUCACGGGACAACUGCUACACAUGAUGGACGUAAAGGAAGAUCCAGAGCUCCAAUCAUUGGCCUAUCAUGUCUUCCGACAUUUACCCAAUAUCCCAUACCCCGCUGAGCAGAACUCUGGGUUCAUCCAGUCCCUCAUUCACAUCGGACAGACGUCACCUUCAUGGCAUCAGCGUCUACGAGUUAUGAUCAACAUUCAGAUCAUUUACUUCCGCCGUCUAUUCCUGCUUUCUGUCGCUGAUAGAGACAAGCUUUUUGAGUGCGUGGCGAACAUGCUAGAAGACCCUCAGCACGAAGUGAGGGCUGGAGCAUCAGCCACCUUGUCUGGCAUGAUCCGUUGCUCACCCGUGUUCCUGCGCGAAGAGAUGGUUAGCCGGUUCAGGCAGCGAUUUUCGAAAAUCCUGAUCGACAACCCUCUUCCAAAACGCCCCAAAAUCCUUCGGUCUGGCUUGUCAACCCCUGUUUCAUCUGGGGCUGGAACCCCAACACCCGAGCAUGCUCGACUCAUAAUCACGAGACACGGUGCAGUUUUAGGUCUCGGUGCACUCAUCCAAGCAUUCCCGUACAAUAGCCCGCCGCCCACGUGGAUGCCUGAAGCCCUGGCUACAUUGAGCGUUCGGGCUGCAAACGACCCAGGCGUUGUGGGCUCGAGUGUGAAGUCUAUUAUUAGCGAGUUCAAAAAGACAAGACAAGAUACUUGGCAUAUUGAUGCGAAGGCAUUCACUCCAGAUCAGCUCGAAGACCUCUCUGGUGUGCUUUGGAAGAGUUACUUCGCUUAG